UCAUCAACGAAAAUAAAUUAGCGUCCAACUUCUCGUUUCUUUUAAUAUUAUUAUUUCUGUUUUUAAUUAAAAUAUUUCAAAUUUUAACUUUAUUCUGUUAUUUUAUGUCUUCAAUAUGUAAACAUGUUUUCAAUCAUCCUUUAGCGCUGAUUUUAGUGAAAACAAACGAUGCAAGAUCAACAACUUUUUUGUCUUGUCUUUCAGUCGAAAAAGAAAGGCCUCAGUCUCGAAGAGAAAAGAACAAGACUUCUUGAUUUAUUUUUUGAAACGAAAGACUUCUACCAGUUAAAAGAACUUGAGAAAAUUGCACCAAAGCAGAAAGGAAUAACAUCAAUGUCAGUGAAGGAUGUAUUGCAAAGCUUAGUAGAUGAUGCAAUGGUUGACACUGAACGUAUUGGAACAUCAAACUAUUUUUGGGCAUAUCCAAGCAAAGCACUCCAUGCAAGAAAAAGAAAAAUUGAAAAUCUCAAAUCUGAAGUUGAUGAGCUGAAGAAAAAGGUUAAGAGAAAUGAAGCCAACCUUGAGACUGCAAAUAAAGGAAAGGAAGAAAGUAGUGAAAGAGAAAAGUUAUUGGCAAGUUUAGAACAAAAAGAGAAGGAAACACAGGAACUUAAACAAAAACUUGAGCGUUUGCGAGAAUGUGACCCAGAAGUGUUGGAAGAAGUUAAAGAAAAAACUUUAAUUGCUAAAGAAUCAGCAAAUCGUUGGACAGAUAACAUAUUUUCUGUGAAGACUUGGUGCAAAAGGAAAUUUGCCAUUGAAGAAGCAGCUAUAAACAAAAACUUUGGAAUUCCAGAAGAACUUGACUAUGUUGAAUAACAUUAAAUAUGAUUUCAUGUCUUAUUCAAGACAAAUUUAUUCUUUGAAGUUGUGAAAUAUUUCCAGAAAGAAUUGUUAAUAUUUUAGAGCGACC